UACCACCAUCUUCUCUUUUUUUUUUUUUCCUUCUUUACUCCAUGAUCUCUCUCUCUCUCUCUCUGUUCAUCACGUACUAGAAGACUUACCACCACCACCUCUUUUUUCCUCACUCCAUAAAUCAUAAUCUCUCUCUCUCCCCUCCCUCGGACCCUCGCUCUCUUGUGCUCCCUCUUUUUCUACUCCCAAGAAGAAACGAAAGAGUGAGAACAAACAGUGCACUCCACUCCAUCUCCUCGCUCCUCUACUUCUCUACUAGCUACAUUAUUAUAAUAUUAUAUACUUUAUUUAACGUCAGAGUCGAGGUACAGAACGUUCAAGCUUCUCUUUCUCUUUUCCCUGCGCUCCGCAACACCAAGAGUGAGUGAGAGAGCAAGAGAGAGAGAGAUGGACACCAUGUUGCUGCUCCGCUUGUCCGGUUUGCUGCUGCUGCUGCUGCUUCUACCGGCGGCAUUGUUGUCGGAGGCAGCGACGCUGGCGCUGUACAACCGGUGCCGGGAGACGGUGUGGCCCGGCAUCCAGCCCAGCGCUGGGAAGGCCAUCCUCGCCCGCGGCGGCUUCCGCCUCCUCCCCAACCAGGCUUACUCCAUCCGCCUCCCCACCGCUUGGUCCGGCCGCGUCUGGGGCCGUCAGGGCUGUAGCUUCGACCCCGCCACCAGCCGCGGCCGCUGCGCCACCGGUGACUGCGGCGGCAACCUCUUCUGCAACGGUAUUGGCGGUUCUCCCCCUGCUACCCUCGCCGAGGUCACCCUCGGCCAGGGUCAGGCCCAGGACUUCUACGACGUCAGCCUCGUGGACGGCUACAACCUCGGCAUUUCCAUGACGCCGUUCCGAGGGAAAAGAUCCGCCGGCGCCGGCGGUGGUGGUCGGUGCGCGGCGGCGGGGUGCGUGAGCGAUCUGAACGCGGUGUGUCCGGCGGGGCUGGCGGUGAGAACGGGGGGCAAGGGGGGGAGGGUGGUGGGGUGCAAGAGCGCGUGUUCGGCGUUCGGUUCGCCGAGAUACUGCUGCACGGGGAGCUACGGGGGGCCGCAGCAGUGCAAGCCCACGUCCUACUCUCGGCUGUUCAAGGCGGCGUGCCCUCGGGCUUACUCCUACGCCUACGACGACGCCACCAGCAUCCUCACCUGCUCUCCGGGCGUCAGCUACCUCGUCACCUUCUGUCCCCACCACUGAUUCGUUUCAACAUCAACCCAUCACUACCUCACGCUGUUUGUUGCUGCUGUUGUGAUGCAUUGCCUCAUCUUAUUACUUCAUACAUAUAGUUGGUACUACUAGGAGCUACUAUAGCUAGUUGCAGGGUUAGGAAUAUAUUGUACUACUUUUCAUGGAUCUUAUGAUAUCUAGUCUAUCACUGGUGGACACUCUUUGUUAAUUUAUUUCUAUGUAUGCUUUCAGCUGAUGCUUGUAUCUCGUGUUUGGAUUUGGAUUUUGGGUGGUGUUGGAAGUCAAAGGAGGGACCAUGUUGCCCUUUAGUUUUUGGAGAAGGUAGUUGAUGGAAGUUGAUUGAUAAA